UCUCAAAAUAGUCUGAAGGUCAGAAGUCAGAAACUCCCACUGUUGUUCCAGGGUAUUUUAAUUGUUCUCUGAGUCUGAAGUAAGUGGGCUUUAAGUAGCUAUUUGUCAUUUGUGUUGGACGCCAAUCAAGCCUUUUUCUCUCUAGUGUGUGAUGCUGUUGCUCCGCUGUUUUCUCAUUGCUGUAACGAUUAUGAGUCUGUCAUUUUUUGACUUUGUCGGAUCCUCAUUUUCACAUUUGGGCUCCCUUUUCACAUAUGGGCAGGUACAAGAGAAUUCUACCUCAACGACGACCAUUGCAACCACCACAACAACAACUACCACCUCUUCUACAACAACCACCAGCAGCACGACGACAACCACUACUACUACACGUGUCAGAAAAUUUAUAGCAGCCGCUGUCCACUCUCACUUCGAUGACUGCCCCGACUCCCACAGCCACUUCUGUUUUCAUGGCACAUGCCGCUUUCUCAUCCUGGAGGAAACACCUGCAUGUGUAUGUCAUCCUGGCUUUGUGGGUAUGCGCUGUGAACAUGCAGACCUCUUGGCAGUGGUGGCGUCUAACCACAGGCAGCAGACUGUGGCCACCAUGCUGGUGUUGUGUGUGGUGGGCAGUGUCCUACUCAUGCUGCUCUGCACUUUACUAAAUUGUUGGUGGAGACGAGGUGGUUGUGGGCGAGGUAACACCAUUUCAUGUUGGUCGGAGAAGCCUAGGAGUAUUCUGACGGGUGGGACAUCCUGCUGUCACUCAGAAACAGUGGUUUGACAUGCAUUACCUGGAGCUCACUCAGGUGCUCUCAUAAAAUUGAGACCCCAAAAUCCUCCACCUUACUCCUGGACUUUACUAUGACUGCGUUUCUCAUGCUACAGACUCACAGAGCUGGUAAGAGCGGCGCAUAUUGAGAGCAUUUCGAUGUGGUCAGUGGGAGAACCCAAUCAAACAUGGAACUUUUACAUUCAGACAGACUGAGUCGUUCCAAAUGGAUAUUUUUGGAACAACAACAGCAGUGACGAGUUAAAGAUGGAACUCAAAAACUGAGAAACUCUGAAAGAAGAACUCAGAACAAGCUACAUGGAAAUCAACUACAGGAUCCAGUGAUUUAGAGACGGGGCCAUUUUGAGAAAUAUAUACGAAUCAAUGGCCAGAAACAGCUGAUCUGGAAGUGAAAAACAAUGAGAGAGGUUUUAGAGAAAACAUUCUUACUAACAAAGCUUAUCUUAAAGUUAUAAAUAUCCUUAUAGAUGUAUAAGACAACGUUCUCCCAGUUAUGGUCUUUUAAAAUUCUGUUAUUAUAAAAACGCUUAUAAUAUGCUGUUAAUGGGAUGUGAAACUCACUAAAAAGCAGUUUAAGAUAUAACUUUUUAACAAUGAUAUAAUAUCACAUUAUUUUCUGUAUCACUUUUUGGAUAAAGAACGGGAGAUUAGUUUUGUUAACGUUUAAGUCAGUCAAUUAGCAUGUAAAAUUAGAACUACGACAGACACUUUUGCCAAUUUAUUUUAACUUGAUCUCCUUAUAAUGGUGAUAACAAAUCGUAAACAAUUUUUCAUAGAGUAACAGCAAACGUGAGAGACUAUAGCCAGCUCUGAGGGACAAAUUUUAUCACACGUAACACUUUAACCUGAAUGGAAAUCAAAUUUUUAUGUCAUUUUUUUUAAUCAAAAAACUGGAAAUAUAUGGUGAAAAAUUCACAAUUAUGACAUGUAACUUCAUAAGUUAUGCAUAGAUUCACAAAUCCCACUCGAUAUUUUCUUCAUGCACAGAAAGUGCUUGCUCACAUAAUGUGCUAUCAAAAAUUUGACAUCUGUAAGGUAAAUGGUUUGUAAAUGGAGCCUCAGUAUGUGCACUAUUUUCAGCAGCGGUGUGACGUCACAUGACAUCUGCAUGUUCACAUUGGAAUGAUUGGACGCAUGCAUGUCUGAUCACAUAAUUGCACGUAUUUCACUGUGCACUUCUGCAGUGUACAUUUCAGACACACUGUUAAUACAAUCAUCUUUAAAUCUGCACUUUACGUUUUCCAUGGUGGAUGUUGGUGAUGGCUAUUCACGCACUGAUAACUCACUUGAGGAAUAAAAAACUUCAUUUGGGCACACAUAGGCAUGCAGAGGCUCAAAUCCAUGGUACAAGCAAUGAUAAUUGAUAUUAUUCAGUUUGAUGCACAUUAUCCUUUUCAACUUAUUAUGCAAGAUAUAUGGAAGCUUUUACACUGAAAAUUUUUAAACCAUGUGCUAAUUUUGUUCUAAUUAUCUUAUCUGUCCCCAAGCUUUUGCCAAUGAUCUCAUAUUAUUAAAAAACAUGUUUAUUGACCUCUUUGAAAGGAAUUUCCAGUAUAGGGUCAGAGAUAUUUAUAUAUCUUUAUAUUGCUAUGUUAAAAUGAGAUGCUGGUCCAAAUAUUAAAUAUGCCACUAUUGGUUUUACUCAAUCGAAACCUUUCUUGGAAGCUAUCGAACCACUGAUAAAGCACAAAAAAAGAAAAAAGAAAAGAAAAUAAUAACCUGGUCGGCUUAGAGCUGGCCAUGUUCUGGUAUCAGAUCAUAGAAGCAAUUACUGAAGUCUGAUCAAUGUGUGGAGAAUCAUAAGAAUUUGAUAUAAUGAUCACAAAAGCCCUUGUAUGUUGGAGGGGAUUCAUCCAAGUGACAAACUGAACACUUGGGCAUUUUUGAGUUAUGGUAUUUUUGAAUGAUUUUGGUUAGUCUGAAAGAACAGAUUCAAGAUGGUUUAACAAUUGAUCUAUUUGAAUGAUCGUGAUAUGCCACUUAAUUAAAAACAUUUGAUUUAUAUGUAAACAACUAAAUGUGAUUGAUUGUAUUAAGGAUUGAGUAUUAAAUUUAUGUAAGAAAAAAAAUGAGUUCAAUGAAUGAAAAGAAAAUGUGCGUAUUUGUGUUUAACUUCAGAUUGAUCAAAUGUUUGUUUUUUUGUUUUUUUGUUUUUUUUUUCUUUUUGAGAGGACUUUGGGUAAAAUGCUAAAGUAAGUAUUGGGUAUUUUGGAUUGAACAGUUUUGUAACAUGCAGUCAUUGCAUAAUUUCCAGAUGUGGAAUUGCAGUCAGCCGUGAUGACGAUGCUCAUAGAAUUACGGAUGUUCUGAAUUGGCCUUUGCACCAAAGAUGAUGCUCAGUGUUGCAUCUCUUGCUUUGUUCCAACUGAAUCCCGUUUAAACCUGUUUAGCUGCUUAUUGACUGACGUUUGUGUAUGAUAUACUGUAAAUGCCAUACGUCUUUCUCUUUAAAAUACUGUCUACUUGUUUCAUGUUGGGGGAAAAAUACUUUGUAAAUAGUGUGUGGAAAUAUUAUUUGGUUGUACUGUAUAUGGAGAAUGAGGUGUUUUCUUGACUGUCACUGAUCAUCAGUUAAGCAUGAAGGUAAGAGGGAGAUGAUUCCAAUGACUGUCACAUGCUUGGCGGUAUGACAUUUUGUUGAGUGUUUUUGACGUCUUUGUCUAAGUUUGCAUAUUUUUCCAAAUAACACAAAGUGCUGCAAA